AAAAGAGACUUUGCAAAAAGCUACCACACAUAAAAGGCAGUAUCACUUUCUCAAACAAGUGACUAGUCAAACCCACCACUAUAAGCUCCUUUCACUCACGAAACACACACCGAAAUAAUACAAGAUUUUUCUGGGUUUUGAUCAUCAGUGAGUCCUGAACAAACCCUUUUAAUUUCGUGUUUAAUCGUUCGGAUUUCAGUACGAAAUUCGGUAGGGUCCGUGAGGGUGAAAUGUCGUACUCUGUUAAGCAACAUGUACAAUGUUUCUGAUUGGUGGAGACCCGGAUAGAAUCUUGUUGUAGUUGUUGUAUUUUGUGUCGUGAUCUCUGCAAUUGGGUGUUUGUUGGAUGAUUUUGAUAUUUAAUUCUGGCGGUUUUGUUGCUGAUUUUGUCAGAUUAUGUGUUUUUUUUGUCGUAUGGUGAGUUAAGGUUUCCUGCAAUCUGGGCUCGUGAAAUUUAUAAUAAUAACAAUAUUAUUGUUAGUCUUUGAUCCUCACUCUGCUCGUGAAAAUGGGAUUUGGUGGUUCAAGCCACAAAAGAAAAAAAAGUGAUCUUGGUAAUAGAAGAAUCCAUGAUGAUAAGAAUGCUAUUCUCAAUGCAUCUCAACAAAAAAUGGAGAGGAGUUGUGAAGGGACUGAGAAAAGGAGAUUUGAAAGCAUUGAAGCUAAAAACUCCCUAAAAGAAGAGAUUGAGCAACUCCAGAAGCAACUUGAGGACCAACUUACGAUUCGAAGUGAACUAGAGAAGGCGACUACUAGUCAACCUUUCUUUCAAGAUCCCGUCGAUGAAGCAUCACUUACAAAGUCUUCUAAGGAUCUAAUCAAGGAGAUAUCAAUACUAGAGUUCGAAGUUAAGCAUUUGGAGAAAUAUCUUCUCUCGUUAUACCGCAAAACUUUUCAAAAGAAGGAACAACAAUCUUUAUCUGCAACCGAUACCAAAUCAAGACUAAACGCAGCGUUAAAAGAACAACAGUUGUUGCCCGGCAACUCGGCCAAUUUUAUGCCAGCUCGGGCCUCGACCGAUAAUCCACCAAAAGACUGUUUUCCCAUUUCGGAAUCACAGCCAAUGGAAGAUUCUAACGUUAAUCGAAGCCACUCGUCACUUUCGUACAGAACUCCACCUCUUUACAUGGCUGUUAACCAAGCGGUCGAAUCAUAUCAUUCCUUACCGUUAGGAAUGCUAGAGUUUGCUAAGGAUGAUCAUUCAAGUGUUAGUUUGGCUGAGCAUCUUGGAGGAUGUAUUUCCGAUAACGUUAGAAUGUCGGCAAAUUGUCUUUCUGAGGAAAUGAUCAAGUGCAUCUCGAGCAUAUACGGUCAAAUUGCGGAUCCGCCUUUGUUCAAUCAUGAAUUCCCUUCAUCUCCCAUAUCGUUCCCGUCACCACCUAGUGAUUCUUCGCCAAUAGACCAGUUUAGCAUGUGGAGCCCACAUUGUGAAGGAUCAAUGGAGUUUAGUGGACCCUACUUUACUACACUUGAAGUUCAAGGUUUUUGCAAAAGUACUCAGAGACUAAGUAGUGUUGAACACAAGCAACAGAAUUUCAGGUCUCUUAUUUUAAAGUUAGAACACGUUGAUCCUAGAAAGUUGAAACACGAAGAGAAGCUGGCGUUUUGGAUCAACGUACACAAUGCACUAGUGAUGCAUGCCUACUUGGUCCAUGGAACUCCUCGUGGUGCGCUAAAGAGGAUAUCAUUAGUCCAAAAGGCUGCUUAUAAUAUUGGCGGUCAUAAUCUUAGUGUUGGAGAUAUACAGAGUACAAUACUGGGAUGCAGGCUGCCUCACCCGGGACAAUGGUUUCAAUCUUUGUUAUUUCAAAGUCCGAAGUACAAGUCGAGAGAUGCACGAAAAGCAUAUGCAAUGAAGCACCCGCAACCUCUUGCGUACUUUGCUCUUUGUUCAGGAAGCCAUUCUGACCCCAUGGUGCGCGUGUACACACCAAAGAGUGUUUUCCAAGAGCUUGAAAUCGCCAAAGAAGAGUAUAUUCAUACCAACUUCAAGAUACAAAAAGGGCAAAAGAUUUAUCUCCCAAAACUUGUUGAUCUAUAUGCGAAAGAGUCAGGCUUAUGUCAUGUUGGUUUAGUGGACAUGAUUGAACACUCGGUGCCCGAUUGUUACCAAGAUAGCUUCAAGUCGAUUAAAAAAGGUAAAUCAUUGAAGAAAUUUGAGUGGGUCCCUCACGACUUCACUUUUCGCUAUCUACUUUCCCCUGAUUUAGCGAAGUAAAGCUUGAAAUAUCGAAUGCGGGUCAUACCCUGAUGAUGACACAAGAUUUUGAGGGUUUCAGUGGUGGCCAUUGUAAUUGAGUUUGUUAUGAUGAGUGUUUUUUUUCUUUUUUGGUGAUUAUGUUUGGAGAUUGAUGUGAGUGCCAUUUUUUGUUCUCUUGCACUUCUGUAAAUUUUUUAACAGCAAGAGAUGAGUUUGAUGAAAUUUCAUGUAUAUUAGUAUUAUAGUUUGCAGUUUUUCAACAUACUUGUUGAAUCAAAA